GUGAAUGCGCUGGUUCUGUCUUCCUGUGUUACCGCCCUUGCGGUGAGUGAGAGAGUAAGCACUGAAAAGAUCGCAUUCAUUGGGAAGACUGGGAUUAUUUGGAGACGUUUUAGUUAGGUCCUUUCACUUACAGGUAGCCUCACCCUGGUCCGGAGCUGUGAGCCUGAGGAACGGUGUGGCUGUGCUCUGGUGUUGUGUGCUGUCUAGCUAGCUGUAGCCGCUACCAUGGCUUUGUCAUACAAGAAAGACCUGGACAAGUACAAGGAGAUCGAUGAAGAUGAGAUCCUCAACAAACUGUCGGCAGAGGAACUCAAACAGUUGGAGACGGCCUUAGAGGAGAUGGACCCUGAGAAUGCUCUUCUUCCAGCGGGUUUGCGUCAGAAAGACCAGACGACUAAGACAGCAACGGGACCCUUUGACAGGGAUCGCCUACUCAACUACCUGGAGAAAGAGGCCCUGGAGUACAAGGACAGAGAGGACAUUGUACCCUUCACUGGGGAGAAAAAAGGUAAAGUAUUUGUUCCCAAGGAGAAACCCAUAGAAACACGCCAGGAGGAAGUCACAACCCUCGACCCAGAAUUAGAGGAAGCCCUGUCCAGCGCCACAGAUACAGAACUGUGUGACCUUGCAGCGAUCCUGGGCGUCCACACAUUGGUGACCAGUACUCAGACAUAUGAUGGGACGGCAACUAAAGAGGGUUACAACAAUGUGAUCAAGGGAGAGAAGAUGAACCCAGUGUUUGAUGAGCCUCCCAAUCCCACCAAUGUAGAAGAAACCCUGCAGAGGAUAAAAAGCAAUGACAGCUCCGUAACAGAGGUCAACCUCAACAACAUUAAGAAUAUUCCAAUUCCCACACUGAAGGACUUCGCCAAAGCCAUGGAAAGGAACACACAUGUCAAGAAGUUCAGCCUGGCAGCCACACGGAGUAACGAUCCCAUUGCUGUGGCAUUCAGUGAAAUGCUGAGGGAGAACAAGACGUUGCGUAGCUUGAACCUGGAGUCCAACUUCAUCACUGGGGCUGGAGUGCAGGCCCUGGUUGACGCGUUGAGAGACAACGACACACUCACAGAGAUCAAGAUAGACAACCAGAGGCAGCAGCUGGGUACUACUGUAGAGAUGGAGAUAGCUAAAAUGUUGGAAGAGAACAACAGCAUAGUGAAGUUUGGCUACCACUUCACUCAGCAAGGACCGCGCUCCAGAGCUGCUGCAGCCAUCACUAAGAACAACGACCUGGUCCGCAGGAGGCGAGUGGAAGGGGACCUGUAGGGGCGGAGCUCAUCCAGUCUCCCUGCCAAUCCCGUUGUCUCAUCUCACCAUGUGGAAUAAUUUCAGCCAAUCCCCUGGUCUCAUCUCACUGUGUGGAAUCUUAGUCUUGUGCCAAACUGUGGAGCAAGGCGCCCUCAACCAGAGCAUACAUCUGAGAAGAAGGGAAAUAACUGGAAUUGCCCUCUCCCAUGUACAUGUUCAUACUUUUUAUUAUGUUGUUAUUGAAGCUGUAAAUCUAUUAAGUUUUUUAGUCAUUCCAUUUCAGUUGCUUCUUUUUUUCUGAGCCUAAGUAUGAUCUUUCUUUUCUUUCUCUCUUUUAUACUGUGCGAUGACCAUGUGAAAUAAGACAUGAACGUAACCAAGUAACAACAUCAGCUUUUAACCAUGAACAUAACAUUCAGGAAUCCCUUUAUCCCAUUCCUGUAUUAAGAUUCCAGAGGAAAUCCCUAUAACUAACCACCAGAGUUUCAAGUGUCAUUAGAAAGAUAGAGAUAGCUCAGAGAUCGAUGCUUGCGUCUGUCCAGACCGGUCUGAUGGGAGUCCAGCUUCCUGGUGACCCACAGAGAAUGGCAAUGACUUAGCCGUGGCUGCUAGCCAGCAACCCUUGUGUGACUGUUCAGCUGUCGAUAACACAAGAUGCUGUGUGUUACCAUGUAACCAGCAGCGUGGGGCGGUGACGAUCCGUAGCUCUGCUGUAACCGAGCAGAUGAAUAUUCUUCAUUUCGUCUGAGAAAGAUAGUGUUACGUUAGCUCAUAGUUAGGGUGGUUUGCAGGGCUUGUUGUUUGGAGUUGCCUUGUAAAGCUAGCUGCUAUGCUAUGCUAGUGUGUGUGUGUGUGUGUGUAACAAUUGGCACGUGCAUGGCAUUGCUUAGCUGGUGCUUGCCUCAUGCUGUGGUCAGUUUGACAGAGGACAGUUUGUUGUGAAAAUCUGCUACAUGUAGGCACAGUUACGUUGAUACAUUUUGCUCAGCCCCCAUAGAUAUAUAUAUGAAGUGCAUCAAAAUUUUAUACUGUAUGUCUUUGCUGUUUUAGUCCAGCUGAAAUCUUUGUUUUGAUACUGUUCAUAUGCUGAUGUUAGUCAUUACUGUUCAUUUAUGUCCCUUAAUGGGAACCUGUAACUAGAGUUUAUUUUGGACCAAGUAAAACCGGUGUGUACCUUAAGCGGUACAAGAUAGUAAACGGUUGUAGACUGAAGCAGCGAGGAACUUAGUCUGCUCACAUACAUAUGGUUGUGUUGAAAAUGUUUGCUCAACCAACUGGGCUUCUCUGAUGCUUAACCAUGCCAAAGACCAACACAUGCAGCGCUUAAUUUAUCCAUAUUGGACUCCUGAUAGAUUAGGUGUUUGCUUUAUCAGCUAGUCAUUUGGCUUAACGGCACUGAUCUGGGUAUGUCUAGUAAAUCAUGAUUCUUUUGAUUGUUUUGCUUGCACCAUGCCAUUACUUUUUUGUGGACCAUCAUUGUUUAGAGCAAAAUGUCAAAGGGAGUUCACUGAGAUGUGUCAAAGUUGGUGGAACUCCUAUGUGAAUUUCCCUUACUUGCCUCUCAGGUUGCAGCUAGUUGUAGUUUUUUCUUUUUCUUUUUUUUCUCCUUUUAAUGAUCUAUAGCCCCCAGAUUGAAAGAUUCUACCACCGGCCCUUUUGAGCGUUUCCAUUCACUCACGCAAACACACAUAAAUUCACAUAACGUAUAGGACUCAGCAGGUUUUCAGCAGCGGCGUGUCAUUUAUUUCAUAAUAGAUGAUUGAAUGCUGUGAGUACUGAACCUCCUUCGGUACACACCAACCUGCCUGAGAUGGGCACAGCAAGACUAAUUCAGGAGUUACUUGAAACUUGUAUAUACUGUCAAUGUCUUUUAAUAGGAACAAUAUGUUGGCAUGAAAUCAUCACUUGUGAUCAUCAUGUUUCUGCUGACCAAAAAAUGUUCUUUCAUCUUAACAACCUCACAUUCCUUGGACAAAAGUUGUAUGGUUGAGUUCAGUACUUUGGGUUUUAUUGUCUAUUCAUUCUCCACCAUCAUGUUUUCUCUCAUUUCCCCUCGUGGGCUUUUGCUUUUACAUGACUGUGCUCGCCGGUGGAUUGUCUACUAAAGUGGACUGCUUCUUUGCUUGAGCCUGUUGAUAUUCUGUGAUCCAUACUAUGUAUAAUUAUAAAAUACCAUCUCAGAUUUAAAAUACACAUACACGCACACAACUUUAUAUGUGUGUCACUUAAAUGCAAGUAACUCACUGAAAUCCUUUUUGUACCUUUAAAAAAACAAAACAAACAAAAAAAACCUAUCCAGGUCUAGGCUCAAGGAAGAGGGAAUAUGUACUAUUGUAAAACCACAAGACUGGGAAAAGGCACUGUUGAAUAUAUGACAUCCUCAACAAUAAAUGUUUUUAAAUACUGA